AUGCUGACCCAACUGCGCCUCGCGCGCCACACGCCGUCGCUCGCGCGCGCGCAGUCGUCGGUCGCCGCUGCCGUGGCCACCUACCCGUCCUACGUGCUGAACGCGCCCGCCACGGAGGUCACGACGCUGCCCAGCGGACUCCGCGUGGCCUCUGAGGGGGCGCACGGCGAGACAGCGACCGUCGGCGUCUGGAUCGGCGCCGGCUCCCGCUACGAGACGGCGCAGAACAACGGUGCAGCGCACUUUCUCGAGCACAUGGCGUUCAAGGGCACGCGCCGGCGCACGCAGCACGCGCUCGAGCUCGAGAUCGAGAACAUGGGCGGCCACUUGAACGCCUACACGAGCCGCGAGCAGACGGUGUACUACGCCAAAGUCUUUAAGCAGGACGUGCCCCGGGCCAUGGACAUCCUCAGCGACAUUCUGCAGCACUCGAAGCUCGACGAGGCGGCGAUCGAGCGCGAGCGCGACGUCAUUCUGCGCGAGAUGGAGGAGGUCAACAAGCAGCAGGAGGAAGUGGUGUUUGACCGUCUGCACGAGACGGCGUUCAUGGGCAACGGCCUGGGCCGCACGAUCCUGGGCCCGACGGAGAACAUUCAAAACCUGAAGCAAUCGGACCUGAAGGACUACAUUGCCACGCACUACACGGCCCCGCGGAUGGUGAUUGCUGGUGCGGGUGCUGUGGACCACUCGCAGCUGGUGGAGCUCGCGCAGAAGUCGUUUGGCGAUUUGCCGACGACGCCGGCCGUGGCCCCUACGCUGGAGCCUGUGCGCUUUGUGGGCUCGGACGUGCGCGUGAAGGACGACAGCAUGCCUCUGGCCCACGUUGCUCUUGCGUUUGAAGGGUUCAGCUGGACCAGCGAGCACUCGUUCCCCUUGCUGAUCAUGCAGACGUUGCUUGGCAGCUGGGACCGCACUUCGGGCGCUGGCAUGAACAUGUCGUCGAAGCUGGGCCAGGUCGUUGCAGAGAAGGAGCUUGCCCAUUCGUACAUGUCGUUCAACACGUGCUACCAGGACACGGGGUUGUUUGGUGUGUACGCUGUUGCUGACAAGUACAAGCUGAACGACCUGACGUGGUACACGAUGGAGGCACUGGUUCGCCUUGUGCACAAGACUACGGACGAUGAAGUUGAGCGUGCGAAGGUGCAGUUGAAGGCCAACAUGUUAAUGCAGCUGGACGGUUCGUCGCCCAUCUGCGAGGACAUUGGCCGUCAAAUGCUGACGUACGGCCGCCGCAUGACCCCCGCAGAGAUCUUUGCCCGCAUUGAUGCCGUGGAUGCUGCGGCUGUCCGUCUUACAGCGGACGAGGUCAUUAACGACAAGGAGCAUGCUCUAGCUGCCAUCGGUCCUAUUCACGAGCUGCCGGACUACAACUUCAUUCGUCGUCGCUCGUACUGGCUGCGGUACUAA